AUGUAUCCAAAUAUCGGAUCAGGUUCAUCAUAUCCAUCGGCACCACCACCACCACCAUCUACUUCAACAUCAAAUACUUCUACAUUAGGUAAUACAGGGGCACCAAAACCUGUUGGAUUUUCUAGUCUAAUGGCACAACCAAAUAAUCAAGCUACUCCUUAUCCAGGUGGACAAGCAUCACAAACACCAUAUCCACCAGGCGGACAAUCAUCACAAACACCAUAUCCACCAGGUGGUCCAUCAUCAUCAUCAUCUUAUACUAAUCCUUAUGCAUCAAAUAAUCAACCACCAAAUUCAAAUAACUUUUCACCAUAUUCUCUCCCACACAUGGGGCAACAGCCUCCACCACCACCAUCACAACAAGGAGGUAGUAAUUUUCAACAAAGUCCUUAUCCUCCACAAUCAAGUCCUUAUCCAAGCUCAAAUACAUCAGCUGGUGGUUAUCCAGGAAAUCAACCUCCACAAGGUAAUGCAGGUAAUCCUGGCAAUCAAAAUCCUUAUCGACCAGCAAAUCCUUAUGCUGCACCACAAGGUAAUGCUGGCUUUCAAAAUCCAUAUCAAUCGCAACAAGGCGGUUAUCCUCAACAACAACCAUACAAUCCACAACAACAACAACAACAAUAUCCAAAUCCUCAACAAGCUCCAGGUGGAGGAUUUAAUCCAAACUCAUUUGGUGGAGCACCAGGUGGAGCACCAGGUGGUCCUGUUAAUGAUCGUAUUCGAGCCAUAGCUGGUCGAUAUGAAAUAAAUGAUCAAUUAGCUCAACGUUUAAAUAUUCUUCAACAAUUUGAAAUUGUUGUUCUUUGUGAUGAUUCCGGUUCGAUGAAUACACCAGUUGAUGGAACAAAUGGUACUCGUUGGGAUGAAUUACGAUCUAUUGUACAAAUAAUUAUUGAAAUCGGUGCCGUAUUUGAUUCUAAUGGUGUUGAUGUACAUUUUCUUAAUCGUCCAUCAAUGCCCGGCGUAACAGAUUCUCGACAAGUUAUGGAAUCAUUUAGUCAACGUCCAGCAGGUUUAACACCAUUAACAACAUCAUUAAGACGAAUCUUUCAAUCUGCAGCAAGUAAACCUGGUAGUGAUAAACGUUUACUUGUAUUUGUGGCUACAGAUGGAGCACCAACAGAUCCUAAUGGAAAUGUUGAUAUACA